AUGCCCCACCAAGCGGGCACUACCGAUGGCGAGAUCGGCACGGCGGCGGCAGCAGCCGCGGCGACAGCAGCAGCUGGCCCAGCAUGGCGACAGUUCUCCUUUUUCGAGUCAUCUCCAGUGCGAGAUCUCGACGACUUUUCAAAAGCACCGUCUGCACUUCGACAUCCGAACGAAGUGGCGGCGGUUUGCCAGUGUCCCGUUCGACCCCCAGCGUCCGUUCUGAUCAGUAGUACAGACCCAAAUCCAUCAUCGACGGCAGUGGUGUCCACCUCUGUUCACUUCGGCGCUGACCCAUCGCAAUCAGCAGAAGACACCACAAAAUCACCAAAGGCUGAACGGAAGCAACCGUGUACGCUCGUCGGCACCAUACAAGGGAGGAUCAAGGUGCUAGACCCAGAAACGUUCCAGGAACUGUCGACGUGGGAUGCCUUUUCUUCAGCGGGCGUGGCAGGUCGAGUGACACAUCUGUCUUGCGAUACUCGUGGCAGAGUUGUCUCUCUGGGCGAAGAAGAAAGCUCCCGCUUUCCCAUCUUGAGGAUCUGGGAUCUUCGCAGUGGACGUACUCCCUCGAAUCAAACCGCCGCAGGAGCCGAGUCGAACGACGCUUCGGCAACUACCCAAAAGGUCGCUUGGAUGCCGCGCCUGCUAGCCGAAGGGAAAGUGCAGCACGGUAGUCGACCUCAUCCCAUUGCAGCUGUCACGCAUACGCCUUCGCUCUCCUACCUCUCAGUCGCACUGGCUGAUGGAACGGUGCUGCUGAUCCGUGGACUCGAAUCUGCGCUGAUGUCGGCCGCGAGCAAUGCCGGAAUUGCAUCGGCAAUGUCCUUGACGAGACCGACACCCGCGAUUGCGCUGCCCAAAUUCAAGGUUGUAUUUCAACCUACAAGCUCAGACUCUGGUGCGCACGAGCCCGUCACGGCACUCGGCUUUUCAGAGGCUGCUGCGCCCAUCACGGUUCAUACCACAGCAGCAAGCAAGAAAGACAACAGUGGGGGCCCAUCCUACGAGCCUAGAGUGAUGCACAGCUCCAGAGGUCGCAAAGGUGCAGCUAGUCGCUCUAGAGAUCCGCGCAACGCCUCCAAUGCGAAUUCAGCUGCUACGACGCAGCCAGAGACUACGGUAUUGCCAUCAGCAGUCCACCUUUUCAUCGUCACUCUCUCGCGCGUACUUCGCUACGUCGUUGCUGGCAAAGGCGCAGGUGGAAGCCCUGCUGUGCUUGAUGACGUUGGAGGAGCACUUGGAUGUGCAGCCGUCAUCCCACCUCGUUCUUCUCCAGCCACGCCUGGCGCAAAUGCGAGCGGCUUACAGCUGUCCGAGACCCAGAGCAACAUGGGCUCUGCAGGAAAAAUGGUCAUCGCCCGCAACGAAGCCAUCUACGUGAUCGGUCAAGAAGGACGAGAGGCGUGCUUUGCCUACGAAGGUCCGAAAUCUUCCAUCCACCUUUCGGCAUCGCAGGUCAUCAUUGUCUCUCCACCUUACACACCCUCCACCUCUGCUUCGUCGUCAUCUGCUCGCAAUUUGAUCGGCAACCGCGAUUCGCCUCUGACGACGCCGACAUCGCGCAAAGGUUCGAUGAUCCCCGCCGAGAUUGCCAAGGUUACGAUCUUUGACCUGGACAACAAGCUGGUAGCGUUUACUGGCACGUUUGAGACUGGGAUUCGUGAGGCGUGGGUCGGUUCGGCAGGCGAGGUGCUCAUCCUAGCUGACACCGGCGAGUUGACGAGGCUCGACGAAAAACCACUGCGAGCGAAGCUGGAUGUGCUGUAUCGCAAAAGUCUAUUCCUUCUGGCUGUCAACCUGGCCCGUUCGCAUAUGCAGUCUGCAGCCAAUCAGGAUGUGUUCGCUCGAACCGAAGCACUGAUGGGUGACAUUUAUCAACGAUAUGGAGAUCAUCUCUACAACAAAGGCGACUAUGAUGGCGCCAUGGCGCAGUACGUCAAGACCAUCGGACAUACCCAACCCUCGUUCGUCAUUCGCAGAUUUCUCGACGCUCAGCGAAUCACUAACCUGACCACCUACCUGCAAGAGCUUCACACGCAAAAUCUGGCCAGCUCAGAUCACACAACACUGCUUCUCAACUGUUACACCAAGCUGAAGGACGUUGCUUCGCUCGACAAAUUCAUCAAGCGGCCACAUGUCAGGCCAUCUUCGGCAGCUGCUGCUGCCGAUGAAGAUGGUGUAGACGGCGAAGGCGCUGCCGAGGACCGGGACGAGCUUCCGUUCGAUUUGGAGACAGCAAUGCGUGUCUGUCGUCAAGCUGGAUAUUUUGGACACGCAGCUUAUCUGGCUAAGCGGUACGGCGAGCAUCGGGAAUACCUGCGAAUUCAGAUCGAGGAUGCAAAGGAUUACAGUGACGCUCUGCUGUACGUACGCGGCUUGGAGGCGGAAGAUGCGAUUGCAAGCAUGGUACAGUAUGCCAAGACGCUGCUGGGAGAGUUGCCGGAUGAAACCACUGAACUGCUGAUUGAGUUGUGCUCUGGUGCAUUCCGGCCUGAUCCGGACGCAGCUCAGAAAGCCCAGCGGGCGCAGCACGAGGAGAGCGAGGCCAAGGAGCAACCGACCAAAUCGGCCGCUGCGGCGUACCUCAGCUAUCUGCAAGUUGGCGGGUUUGGCAAGACAAACAAUUCUGCCGACGCUACAACUGCUGGUAGUGCAGCUGGAGCGAGCUCGCGCGCUGGAACAGGCAGCAACACGCCCGCGCGACGCAACUCGACUGCUCUCGUUGAGCCGUAUACGGUUGGCGGCGAGGGAAGCGGCAAAAAUGCGACGCGUCCAUCUAGCACUGUCAAAAUCACGGGCGAGGUCGAUGCCGAUGCCUCUUCGGGUGACGCAGCAGAUGCAAGCGGAGUUUCUGGUGUAAAUACAGAGCAGGAUAAGAUGGACGCAUAUCCGGUGCCAUCCCCGCGAACCUAUUUUGCGCACUUUAUCCAGCAUCGUCAACACUUCACGCGCUUCCUUGAGGUGGUUGCUCUCGCGCGAUGGGGUCAAGUUGUCAAUAUGGAUGGCGAGCUGCCGGCCGACCAUACUCUUUCACCGGUGCAGGCGAAGAAUGCACCGGCGUACAGCGAAAAGGCGGGCGGCGAAGAGUACAUGGAUGACGUUGAACGUGCGCUUCGCGAGCUCGGCUUGGACAGCAAUGAUGAAGACGCGUACGAAAAUCAAGAGUUGUUGGAUCAGAAAUCGAUCUGGAAUACGUUACUCGAGCUCUACCUUUCAUCUUGCUCGCCAUCGGGAUCGCAGCGACAGCGAGCGCUUCGGUUGCUGCAACAACACUCGACACUGCCGUAUGACAUGAGCCACGCAGUCAUGCUCUGUUCGAUGGAAAACUUUGACGAUGGACUGAUCCUGCUGUAUGAACGAAUGGGCAUGUACGAAGAAGUGGUACGACUACACAUGGACUCGGCGCUUGUCGAAGAAGAGGAUGCGUCCGGUAGCAGCAGUGGGAAAGUGAUCGCAGCACUUGCUCGGUAUGGAUCGUUACAACCGGAGCUGUACGAUCUGGUGCUGCGAUUCCUGGUCUCAUCGCCGAUUCUGCUUUCGCGACACACGUCGGAUCUGUUGUCAAUCCUGAACGUGAUUCGCGAGAAAUCGCUCAUGUCGACGCUGGAGAUCGUGCAGACACUCUCCUCUACGCCACACACGCAGGUUGGCGUGAUUCGAGACUUUAUCAUCUCAUCGAUCUCAUCCACGCUCACGUCGACCAGCCACGACGCUGCAGCGAUUGCGGACUACAAGCAGUCUACCACGGAAACGCUUAGGGAGAUCUCGGAACUGACGGAUGCUGGUGGAACGCGCGUGUUCCAGAUGACGAGGUGUACGGCGUGCGGUGGACAGUUGGAUUUACCGAGCGUGCAUUUCAUGUGCAAGCACAGCUAUCACCAGCGGUGUUUGGGAGAGGAAGAGGCGGAGUGUGGCGCGUGCGCGGUGCAUCAGCGGCGGGUGAGGGAUGCAAGGAGGAGGAUGGCCCAAGAGGCGGUGGAGGUGAUCGAGAAAGCAAGACACGAUGGUCCGACACAGAUCAGGCUCCGUGCGGAUCACACCGAUGCAGAAGCGUUCGAUCAGUUGGCUGCGUGGUUCGGCCUGCCUAUCAUGGGUGUUGCUCAUGCGGUUGAGAUGUAA